AUGUUCGAUUUCGGAGAUGAUUUGAUAAUUGGGAGCUACAGAAUACCAUGGUUGAUAUGGAUCCAGUUGAUUGUUAUGCUUCUACUCAUAAUACUUUUCUAUAACUUAUGCACCACCACUAUAUCCUUCACACUCGAUCUUCCUUCCUCUUCCUCCUCUUCCAAUUCUACUUCUCUGCUUUCUUCCGAGGAGGUUCGACCUUCCCCUGAUCGCUCAUUUCCCCUAGCCGCCGCCGCCGCCACCGCCAUCAGUCUUUCUCUACGCGAUUCAAAGACUGUUGAAAACCGAAGCAGUACUAGAGGAGGAGGAGGAGGAGAUGCAGGGGGGACAAGUUCAAGCAGAAGAAGAGUAGGAAGAACAAAUGAAAGCAAUGUCGAGGAAACAGGAAAAGACUCUACAUCCCCACGUUUAUCAGACUUGUCAUCCCAUCAUCCUUGCCAAUUCUUCGGCUUCGCAAGACGAGCUUUUCUCAAAUGUCUUGGAUUAGAUAAUAAUAAUAAUAACUCCUUAAGUCCUUCCAAGAGGAGGAAACAUGAUAAAGAAGAAUAG